AUGGGAGACCACAACGCGGGCGACCCUGGCCCCCUGCCCCUGCCUCUGCCUCGAUUCGGGCGUGGUGACCUCGGCUUCAGCCUCGACGCGGCUGCACAAGAGACAACCACUGGUGCCAAGAGAAACGGCGACGAGCAGAGUCGAAUCCAAAUAGAAAUAGAAUGGAUAGAAAUCGAGAACAACAACCACCAUAAAUUACGUGAUGCACAAAAAAAUCAAACAAAAAAAGGCACGCGGCGAGGGCAUCGGGACUCAGGAGCGGAGCAAGAGGAGGAGCAGAGCAGGGACGUACAGGCGCGGGGUCGUGGAACCGCUGUCGGAUGGAGGCACGAAGCAGUGUCGCUCGUCGAGGCACGGGAUCGCUGGGCCGUCGCCGGCCGUCGGGACGGAGGCACGGGGCGAGGGGAUCGUGACUCCGGAGUGGAGCAGCGUCGUCGAGGCACAGGGUCGCCGCCGGCCGUCGAGGCGCGGAGUCGCAGAACCGUCGACGGGACGGAGGCACGGAGCAGCGCCGUCGAUCCGUCGAGGCGCGGGGAUCGCGCCUCCGGAGCGGAGCAGCAACGUCGAGGCAUGGAGUCACCAGGCCGCCGUCGAUCCGUCAAGGUAGAACGCCGUCAGACGGACACGGGCUUCCAUCUCGACCGUCAAGCAUCUAAUCGCAAACUCUGA